UUAGACCAGCAGCCAGCCGCCAUGAACAAUUCAGUAAAACAGCUCCAUCCAUUGACCGAGCUCUGUGUUUUCAAAUGGCCCAGUAGCGUCUUCGUUCGGGAAGGUUCGUCGUUCUCUACUGAGAAAUCUGCACCGUACCAGAAGGGGAUCCAAGAUCGUUCCUUCAGGAUGUCAUAUCGAUAUGGUCGAAAAUCACUUAGAGAUGCUUAUGAAGAGCACUUCUCACCAAUGGAUACAAGAGAGGCGAAAGUUCAACGAGUCCUCAAUAUUGUUGAAAAGAGGAGCCCUAUGCCUCUGCUGAGGUUGGAAUAUGAGAGAGACUUUCAUGACGACCAGUGGUAUGGUGGUUCGCGAAAUUACCAGGAUGCAAGAGAAUGUCACGGUGAAGGCAGUUACCCACCCUAUGAUCGUCGAUACUUUGAUGAAAACCCCAACUUCGGCAAUUUUCGCAGAAAUUCCUCACCCCCAAGAAACGAGGGCCCAUACUCCCAGCAGUGUUAUGGCAGAGAUGAUUUGAGGCAUCAGUUAGACUCAAGGAACAAUGGCAGACCUGGUCCCUAUUUCCGCAACAGAGGUCGAGGGUUCGGUCCUCCUCGGAGGCCAGUGCAAGACGGAAAAGCCAAAGAAGACCAUGAUAACUACAGGAUCUCUCCGCCUGUUGUAAUCAUGCGGGACCGCUCCCCUGGAAGGAGGGAAGCCCAGCCAUCUGUACGUGGGCGCUCUGCGUCAAACAGCAGCAACAGGAGUUUCUCCCCUGACAGAGACAAAGGCUGUGCCAACCAGCAGGCCCAGCUGAGGCAUAAACCCAAUGUGCUGAUGAGCCACACUCCCAGCAACUCUGUGGAGGGAUCUCCACACAACUCUGGAUCUUCAAAGGAAAAAACUCCGACAUCCGUAGCGGAGUCGGAGGAGGUGGUGGCUGCCAGCAUGGAGCCAAAGCUGACACCAGAGGAAGACUUCAAGACUCACCGGUUGGAGGCCAUUAGGGCCAAGGCUCUGGAAAUUGAGAAGCAUUAUAGGCAGGACUGUGAGACAUUUCGCACGGUGGUGAAGAUGUUGGUGUCCAAGGAGCCCAGUUUGGAUAAUCUGCUGCAGACUCCACUGGAUGAGAACCUGUUGGAGAUCAAACAGCGCUGCUUAGAUGCCCUUAGGCACUUUGUGAAGGAGCUGGACGAGGUAUUAGAGCAGCCGGACACUUCAGCACAAGCAACAGGUCACAAAACACUGGAGUAACAAUAUUGAGUCUUAAAAUUUUAUUUCUGAAAUAAGUAGAAAAUAUCCCCUGAAGAAAGAAACCAUUUCUUUCAAAUUUUAUUCACUUGUUUUAUUUUUAAUCAUGUUCUUUUAUCAAAUAAUAAAAAAAUUUGACUCAUUAUUAGCAAAAGACAGGAUAUCCGACUGUGACAAUUUUCUACUUGCUGCUACAUAAAUAAGAUUUAAGACUCAAUACCAGAUUAAAUAAUUGUUAAAAAGGAUAUGUCGUUAAAGUGAAAUGCCUUCAGUAUAAUAAAAUCAAAAGGAGAGGAGCCUUGUGGAGAGAAAAGCUCAAUAUAAAAUGUCAGGUGCGUUUUUACCAUGAACCAUGUCGUGGAAAAACUGUUGAAAAAUUAUUACAUUCAGUUAAUUACAGAGAAAUUACAUUUUAAAUUGAUAUGUUAAAUGUUUCAUCAUUCACCCAGCUAGAGGCUUGGGCUUAUUGUUGAAUCCAACUGAUAAAAGCACUUGCAGAAAGAAUGAAUCAAAUAAUGAAACCUUCCUAUUAAAACCUUUCAUUCAGUCUUUACUGAUGUAUAAUGUUUUCCUCUUCCAGUAUCUGUAUUUUUUGCAGCUGAGGCUGCGAGUGCAACUAAUACCAACUGUAACACAAGGAUUCUCAAACCAGUAUCAAAGGUUACAACUCUAUAAGGUGUUUUGCAGUGCAGCACUA